AUGUUGGAUUCUUUCGACUUUGCUGCUCAAGUAGCACGCCUGUGCAUGGACGAAAUACGUCGUCGAGGCAUGGAAGAGCGUAAAAUUCUGCGGAAAUCUGCUCCCAACAGCGUCCUUUUAUUAAAAGUAUUCAGACAACGACAUUGCACCGCCGAUGAUUUGAUGCCUGUGAGCAUCCACUCGGUUGCGACAUUGAUGCAGGAUACGCUGUGGUGUUGUCAGGAACGAAUGGUCCCUAAGAAAGUUUGGCGAAUCAUCAACUACGAAACUUGCCCAUUGCAAAACCUGUCAAGAUACAUGUCACGAAAAGGAGAACAGCUUCUUGUCGAAAUCUUGGAUUUCUUGGUUGAAGUCAUGCAACACAAGAACAAAAAUUUGAUGGAUGCUUACCAUCUCGGUGAAGCGAUGGGCAAGGUCACCUUGGGACCCGCCGAUUGCGACCCUAUCAUUGCCGAGAAGGCUGGCCAUUUUAUGACCAGGAUGAUCAUCGAACACUCGAAAAAACACAAACCUGUUCGGGUAGAUUCAGGCUUUGAACGAGUCCCUCGCGCAGUCGAAUAUCAACCCAUCUCUAAAGCCGAUGCUGCUCAUGCAAAAGCCAAGUCGUAUGAUCGCAUUAUCCGCAGAAUAAAGUACCUGAACAGCGAUUGGAUCUCCAACGCUGUCGGUCUUCGGGCGAUGCUCGACGAUGACUACGAACAAGAACCGACCAAAAUCGAGGAACCCUGGAUCUCCAUUUUCAGUACCCAGUUACAACCAUCGGAUGCAAUGGCUUCACCUUUAUUAUAUCGUAUCGUGGCCGAAGCGAGCAAACCAAUCAUCCCCAUUCCCGCCGAUCCUUUUGCUUCAUCUUACUUAUUCCGUGCAACUCACAUCGAAACUCAGAUUCAGGAUGCAUUUGCAGAAUUUUUGCCACUGUGCAUGCCGAGUUACGAAUACUACGAAGAGGACAGCAAACAGCAAGUGUCCCCUUCGUCCAUCUCCCAUCUCAAGAAGAUCAAUCACUCCUUCUCUCACAUGAAACUGAACCUACGUAAGCAUCGUUCACAUGGCAUGGAUAGUGAGUUUAGUAACGACGAAACCAUUCGAGAAGAUGCCUACGAAAUUGAUUCACAAGCCUGCGAUUACAAAGCAUCGAAGCACAAACAAAUGAAGAGCAUGAUGCGCAAAGUCAUAAAGAUGGGAACCAUUGUUCCCAGCAAGACCAAAGCAGGUCCUGUUAUUUAUUAA